GUGUACACAGAGGGGAAAUAUUUUAUGGGCAAAUAUCCUUCCUGACGGCAUUCCUGCUGUGAAAUAGCUACUUUUGUUAAAUCAAAGCGAAAUAUGCGGCCUGUAUCAAAUUUAUUGUAUUGAUAUUUUCAUUUGUUUGCGGAUGCUAAACGAUCAAAUAGCUAAUGCACUUGCUUUAUAUGCUCAUUUGGUAAAAAGGCAGCAGAGCAACAGAGAAUCGUCAAGCCACCUGUAGCUGAGAGUAGCAACUGUCAAUCAAGUGAUCUGUCAGUCAUACAGCAGUGACAGCAGCACACGCGCUUACCUGUGCUUACCUGUACGCGUCAUUCAGACAUGAGCUUCUUCGGCUUCGGACAGAGCGCCGAGAUCGACAUCGUUUUGAAUGAUGCCGAGACGAGGAAGAAAGUUGAGCACAAAACGGAAGAUGGGAAAAAGGACAAAUAUUUCCUUUUUUAUGAUGGCGAAACUGUAAGUGGGAAAGUUAAUGUGACUCUCAAAACUCCUGGAAAGAGACUUGAACACUAUGGGAUAAAAAUAGAGUUUGUUGGGCAGAUUGAGCUGUACUAUGACAGAGGGAACCACCAUGAGUUUGUGUCAUUAGUGAAGGACCUUGCACGACCUGGUGAGCUUUCACAGUCUCAGACCUUCGACUUUGAAUUCACCCAUGUGGAAAAGCCCUAUGAAUCUUACACUGGCCAGAAUGUGAAACUCAGAUACUUCCUCCGAUCUACAGUCAGCAGAAGACUAAAUGAUAUUAGUAAAGAGAUGGACAUUGUUGUGCAAACACUGAGCACGUACCCAGAGAUGAACUCCUCCAUCAAGAUGGAAGUUGGAAUUGAAGAUUGUCUUCAUAUUGAGUUUGAAUACAACAAGUCCAACCAAUUAUGCAGAGGCAACUAUAAAUAUCACCUGAGGGAUGUAAUUGUAGGGAAGAUUUACUUCCUUCUUGUGAGGAUAAAGAUAAAGCACAUGGAAAUUGAUAUAAUAAAACGGGAAACAACUGGCACGGGACCCAGUGUGUACCAUGAAAAUGACACCAUCGCCAAAUAUGAGAUCAUGGAUGGAGCACCAGUGAGAGGUGAGUCAAUCCCCAUCCGUUUAUUUCUUGCUGGUUAUGAGUUGACCCCUACAAUGAGGGACAUCAACAAGAAGUUCUCAGUGCGUUACUACCUGAACCUAGUGCUUAUAGAUGAAGAAGAGCGGCGAUACUUCAAACAACAGGAAAUCACACUCUGGAGGAAAGGGGAUACUGUAAGGAGAAGUAUGUCCCAACAGGCUACCAUUGCUGCCCAGAGAUUUGAGGGAUCAAACUCUGGAAAUGCGUCAGCACAAGCCAAACAGUACAGUAACUAAACAAAAUGCUGUAUAGUCCAAAUGAGAUGUGUUUGUGUCAAAAUAGUGUUUUUAAGUGAAGUUACUGUAUGAAGGGAUUGAAAUGAAAGUGAAUCUGUGCAGAAAAUGAGAAUCAAGCUUUUAAAAUACAGUCCAAUUAUUCAAAUAUGUAUAGAUUACAAAAUAUUUUGUUAUUUCUCUUUCCGAUAAUGCUUGUUUUUCAAUACAAAAUAGUGACCAACAAUUCUGAAAUACAAGAAACAACUAUAUAUUUGAUUUAUGCUUGUAUGAAAUUGUUAGAUUCUCACAGUGGCCAGCCUUAAUACAUUCCUUGCUAUGCUUAAAUUGAUCUUAAUUCCUGUGCACUAAGUCAGAAUCAAGCCUCUAUAUUUUGUCCUGUUUAAUGAGCCCAAAAUUAUAUAGCUAAGAGAUUUAUUGUGAUCAUUUGUGUUAUAAAUCUAUUAGUUCAUGUACUCUUAACAGAGCUCAGCAUAUUAUUAUUUUGUAAUUUAGGGUAUUAAAAAAAGAAGGCCUCCAUAGAAACAUCUGUUACUACUAAAGGGAACUACGUGUAGAACUACUAACUCAUGCAGGGCAGUGACUAUUGUCUUUUUCAUGAAUAUUUUUUUAUUAUUGAUUGAACUAUUUCUUUUGAUCUGUUGUCUUGUGAGUUUUUCUUUUUAUUAAAAGAAUCAGCAAAAGCAUUGUCACCAUGGCAGCAAAAAGUUUUCAGUAUUCUCAAGGGUGGCGUUAAAUGCUGUGAUAGAGAAGGGUGUCAUAAAUCCUCUUGUCAUUGGAUGCUACUCAUUUUUAAAGAAUUUUUAUUUUUUAUUUUUCAUUUCUUACAUGUGUAUGUCAUUGUAUAAUAUUAAAUAUGUUUUUAUUGGCUGUUCUGGUGAUGGGGUAUGACCGGUAUCCUUGCAACCAUGAAAACUUCUGCAAAAGCCUCUUUUAAUCAGCCAUAUUUUAAUAAAUAUAAUCUUUUCCCCCCAAAAA